AACCUCGUCUUGCGAAGAAACUAACGCCGCAAAUAUUUCAUAUGAUUGAGAAUACACCGGCCAUGUCAUUAUUAUAUGAAUGUAUUUAUACUGCAAUCACUGGAGGCAUGCUAAAUUCGGACAGACAAUCAGACGCCCUAGCCGCUGUCUGCUAUGCCUGCGUAUUGAUCGAGCCUAUUACAGUGAAGUACGUUGGUCUCUUGGCACUUGCAAAGAUUCUUCCGACACAUCCAAAACAUGUCGCAGAACAUCGAGAUAUAAUAUUAAAGUGCAUUGAUGAUUCCGACAUCAGCAUACGACUACGCUCAUUAGAUUUAGUCGUUGGGAUGGUUAACAAGAAGAAUCUGACAGACAUUGUAAAACGAUUGAUGUCACAUCUCUUGCCUCCUUCAAAUACCAAGAAUUCUGCCACAAAUCAUUUACUUCCAUCGACUCUGCUUGAACCAGCUUAUCGCGCGGACAUCAUACAUCGUAUUAUAUAUAUAUGCUCCCAGAAUUCAUAUGCCAACGUGACUAAUUUUGAGUGGUACGUCGCAGUACUGGUUGACCUUACUUACGUUGCUGGCGUCAAAGUUGGAGAUCUUCUGACAAGUCAGCUCAUGGAUGUGUGCGUUCGCGUGAAGAGCGUUCGUAAUUAUUGUGUUAAAGCAAUGAUCAAAUUGUUAUCGGAUGUUACCUUGCUAGAGAAUUGUUCGCUCCCUGAUUCCAACGCAGAAGUCUUGUAUGCUGCAGCAUGGCUGGCUGGAGAAUAUUGCAGCUACCAGGUUAAUCCUUCGGAUACUAUAGAGCAUCUUCUUCAGUCCGGUGUAACAAAACUUUCGCAUCGUGUGCAAGCGGUUUAUGUCCACAAUGUUCUUAAAAUAUACGCUUAUUGGGCGAAAAGUCAUACGUACAACUGGGAUGAGGAUGCAAAGGAGGAUUUACUUCGAGUUACCACAUUAAUUGACGAGAAAUUUGGAAUGUUUUGUUCAUGCACAGAUUUAGAGGUUCAGGAACGGGCACAUAACGUACGGGCAAUUAUUUCGGUAGUGCGCGAACAGUUGACGAGCAACGUUCCUGUCCAAACUGACAAAACCGAUAAUUAUGAUAUGUCGGAAACAGCACCUGCUGUUAUCGAUGAACUAUACAAUUUGUUUUUUGCCUACGAGCUCAACCCGGUGGCACCUAAAGCACAAAAGAAGGUUCCUAUACCUGCCGGGUUAGAUCUUGAUGCGUGGAUUAACGAACCACCCCCACCGUCUGAAAGCAACAGUAGUGGCGAGGAAGAAAGUUACGGUUUUGGUUACCGGCAAAGAUUAGGUGGCAGUGGCGAUUUGGUGUUUUCAAAGAGCAGUGGAACGGCGGUCGGGAGACGGCGUGGAAGAAAAAAUCGGCAGAAGGGUGAUCGUGAUAAGGAAGAAAGUGAAGAAAUGAAGGAUCAGCGUCGAAGAGAGCGAAGAGAACGCAUGAGAAAUGACCCUUUUUAUAUAGAUGUUGGAGAUUACGAUACUCCUAAAAGAACAAAGCCUGAAAGUCCACCAAAGUCCGCCACAAACGAAGUUGACGUUGAUUCUAUACCCGUGGUUCGUCUUACAAUGGAUGAUUUUGACUUCCGACCGAAAAAAAAUAAAGGGAAGUCUAAAAGAUCAAAAGAAAGCAGGAGAAGGGAAAUAUCGGCUCUCUCGUCACUACCUCCAGUAAUCUAUACAGAUAUUGGAGAGAUGCCAGAGAACGCAACGUUAUCAGAUGACGAUAGGGACGUAAAACCACAGGAUCAAGAGGUCUCUCCCUGGAGAAAGCCAAAUGACAGAGGCAUUUUGGAUAUUGAUUUUUCGGGAAUUUCUAAUGUGGAUUUAUCAACUCCAUUAACGGAAAACGAGAAAUUUCCUCAGACAACA